AUGUCUUAUCCACCAUUUGAAUUAGGCAAAAGCCGUUAUGAUCUCAAUACUUAUUGGGGACGAUUUUUACAUUUUAUGAAUAUUAUUGAUCCACGAACAUUAUUUGUCAGCAAUUCUAAAUUAAAUGAAUGUCAGCAAUUACUUGAACAAUAUCAAUCAAAAACUUUACCACCAGGUAUUACUGACAAAGAUUUAUGGGAAGCACAAAAAGUCGUACAAGCUAUUCUUCAUCCUGAUACAGGACAUAAAAUUUUUAUGCCGUUUCGAAUGGCAGGAUAUGUACCAUUUGGUACACCAAUUGUUGUUGGUCUUCUUAUGCCAGAUCCAACACUCAAACAAAUUAUUUUUUGGCAAUGGCUGAAUCAAAGUCAUAAUGCUGGUGUCAAUUAUGCAAAUCGAAAUGCAACACAACAUACACCUGUAUCGAAAUUUGCUAUUGGAUAUUUAAGUGCAGUUACUGUUUCAGUUUCAAUUGCUGUUGGUCUUACUAUGGCUAUUCGUCGAGCAAAAUCACUUCCACCAACACUUAAAACAGUUGUACAACGAUUUGUUCCAUUACCUGCUGUCGCAUGUGCAAGUACAUGUAACGUUCUUUUUAUGCGUUUUCACGAAUUGUAUGAAGGCAUCGAAGUACUUGAUGAACAAAAUAAACCAAUAGGUGUAUCAAAAUUAGCAGCUAAAAAAGCUUUAACUGAAAUGGCAAUGACACGUGCUUUUCUACCAGUACCAAUUCUUUUCUUUCCACCUGUUAUAAUGUUAGCAUUCGAAAAAAAUCUACUUCGUCGUUUUCCACGUCUUAGUUUACCAUUAAAUACACUUGCAUGUACACUUUCAUUUGGCUUAGCAUUACCAAUGUCAAUAGCAUUAUUUCCACAAAAAUCUAAAGUGGCUACUAAUGAACUUGAAAAAGAAAUUCAAGCAAAAACACAAUUACCUUAUGUUUAUUUUAACAAAGGACUAUAA